AUGUCUGCCCAGCACGAUCUCGAGAACGGUCAUGGCGGCCAGAAAGACUACGCGGKGGGUCUAGAGCGUUACGAGACGACGUCUUCCAUGAUCCCACCAAUGGACAAGGAGACUUUCGAGAGACUCUACCUGACUCCAAGAACACCCGUGUCGGGCCAACUGCGCAAGGUUUUCGGCAACCCAACUCCCAUGUUCGWCUCCAUAUAUAUGCUCUGCCGAAUUCCCACCCCUCUUUCGUGUAUCCUGAUGGGAUGGCGUGGAUCCGGGGGUAGCGGUACUGCUAUCAUUCACGCUAACGCUUCUGAAAGCGGCAUCGUCUACUUCUUCGGCGGACUCCUCCAAAUCAUCGGUGCGGUGAUGGAAUGGAUCAUUGCCAACACUUUUCCAGCCGCUGUAUUUUCAGCUUUUGGAGCCUUCUGGCUGGCCUUUGGCGCCACGUUGACGCCCAUGUACAAUGCAGAGGCUGCCUUUCUGGAGGGUGGUGCGUAUGAGGCCGCCGGCAUAGCGCAAUUCUACGCCAGCUUUGCAUUCGCUCUGGUUUUCCUGGCCCUGCUCAUCUUCAUCUUCUUGAUAUGUUCCUUCCGCACCAACCUCGUCUUUGUGGUCGUCUUCGUCCUCUUGGACAUCUCUGUGUCGUGCUUAGCAGGUGCAUAUUGGCAGCUUGCCCAAGGCAACACCAGUCUAGGCGAAGAACUCGAAGUGGUUGCCGGCGCCUUCCUCUUCGCACUCAGUAUUUUGGCUUGGUAUUUGCUGGCCAGCCAGCUGCUCCAAUCGGUCGAUUUCCCCAUCGAACUACCAGUGGGUGAUUUGAGCACUCGGUUCCCAUCCGCGAGCAGGAGAAAGGUUGCGACUAAAGCGCAGUAG